AGACGCUGUUAUUAAUAGCCACUGGGGUAAAUUCAAUGUCCCGGAACACGUACGUAUGUGUAGUCAUUCUAAAGCACACCUCAUAUACUCCGAUUUUAAGUAAGCAAAAACACCUCUGACAAAAUUCAGUUAUAUACUUCCUUGUUGCUGUUGAGUCGCCAUUACGUUCAGAAAUGGCGACAAAAAGAGCUGUAUUAUGUAGAAAUGUAUGCCUGAUCCUGUUCAUCUUAAUCAGAAAAACCAGAUCUGAAGCUAACGUAGCCUUAGUUAAGGCAGCUGAGCAGAGCAGCAACACAAACACUAAGUGGGUAGCGAGUAAGGUUGUGGAUGGCUGUACAGAGAUAACCAUAGGAUCUGACUGCUGUACACACACGAAGGGUGAUCAAAAACAGGUCUGGUGGCGUGUAGACUUGGGUCAGCUGAUGACAAUCAAUAGCAUCACUAUAUAUUACAGAGGUGGUUUCCAACAUAGAUUGGCCGGUUACCAACUGUACUUGUCCAAUACAACCGAGAGCCCUACACAAGGUGUCCUAUGUUACGAGGACAAGAGCAGUGAGAAAGAUCAGGUACAGUUGUUGGUGACACAUCAGUGCCCGUAUGUGGCUCGGUAUGUGACUGUCUACAACUAUAGAAACAACCCCAAGCGGUACAACUGGUAUGAAGAUUUCGCCAUUCUGGAGUUGUGUGAAGUUCAGGUUUUUGGAUGUCAAGUAGGGAGGUACGGUAACGGUGACUGUAACAACCAAUGCUCAGACAGCUGUUAUGGUGGGAACUGUAACUCAACCACCGGUGCCUGCUUUU